CUUUAUAUGCAAUCAUUUAUUUUUUUUAAUUCUUUUUUUUGUUUUAAUUUUAAUUUUCUGUUUUUAGCUUUUCAUUCCUUUCUUUAAUUAUCUUCCACUUCCGCCGUUCCAAAUCUCUCUCUCUCUCUGGCUCUCUGGGGCUCUGUUUCUCUGAUCGGAUUGAUCGCCGGGAUCAUUAUAGCCCGAUCAUCUCGCCGGCAUUCCGGCGAUUCGACUCGGAUGACUCGUUACAUGGAUCCAUCUACGACCAAGUUUUACAGAGAUUGUAUUGCGACAGGGGCUGUUAUUCCGUGCAUGUUGAUCCAUCAUUUUUUGGAAUCGAUACCUUAUCAAUCAGUGGUUCAUGCUUCGGUUUUAAUUCCCGUUCCUUGAACCUACCGAAUUUUUGGAUUAGGGUUUGUUGUUUGAGGAGACAUGUUUAAGAAAAUUAUGAAGGGAGGGCAUCGUAAGCCCUCCAAGUCCGAUGCCACUGAUCCUUCACUUUACGGGUUUGGACCGCCGGGUAACCGCAAUUCAGGCUCUGUCUCGACGACGAAUGUGGUGGUGAAUCAUGCUUCUCGGCCUGGACCGGCCGCAUCGGGUACCAAUUCAAACUGGGCUCCCGGGGUGGUGACGUUGGCACCUCCUACCGGCACUGUCGAACCUCUCCCAUUGUUCCGCGACGUACCGGUUUCAGAAAGGCAGAAUUUAUUCAUUAGAAAAUUGCAGAUAUGUUGCUAUCAGUUUGAUUUUUCGGACACUCUGAAGUCUGCCAGAGAGAAGGAAAUUAAGCGGCAGACGCUUCUGGAAUUGGUUGAUGUGAUACAAUCGGGAUCGGGGAAAAUUGCAGAAACUUGUCAGGAAGAAAUGAUUAGAAUGAUUUCAGUUAAUAUUUUUCGGUGCUUGCCUCCUGCUUCGCAUGAAAAUACGGGCCAGGAGAAUGCUGAUCCUGAAGAAGAAGAACCUUAUUUGGAACCGUCAUGGCCCCAUUUGCAGCUUGUAUAUGAACUUUUACUGAGAUACGUCGUGUCAUCUGAUACUGAUACCAAGAUUGCCAAGAGGUAUAUUGACCACUCAUUUGUGUUGAAACUUUUGGAUUUGUUCGACUCUGAGGAUCCUCGUGAGCGGGAGUAUUUAAAGACGAUCUUGCAUCGUAUAUAUGGAAAGUUCAUGGUCCAUCGGCCAUUUAUUCGGAAGGCAAUCAAUAAUAUUUUUUAUCGAUUCAUUUACGAGACAGAAAGGCACAGUGGUGUAGGUGAGCUUUUGGAGAUCCUUGGUAGUAUCAUUAAUGGGUUUGCAUUGCCAAUGAAAGAGGAGCAUAAAUUGUUUCUUGUUCGGGCCCUUAUUCCUUUGCACAAGCCUAAAUCAAUUGCAAUCUAUCACCAACAGCUAUCCUACUGCAUAACACAGUUUGUUGAAAAAGAUUACAAGCUUGCCGAUACUGUCAUAAGGGGCUUAUUGAAAUAUUGGCCCAUGACCAACUGUCAGAAAGAAGUUCUCUUCAUAGGAGAACUUGAAGAAGUAUUAGAGGCUACACAAUCAGCAGAGUUUCAGCGCUGCAUGGUUCCACUUUUUAGGCAGAUUGCACGUUGCCUGAAUAGCUCCCAUUUUCAGGUUGCUGAAAGAGCUCUGUUUCUGUGGAACAAUGAACACAUUGUUAGCUUGAUAGCCCAGAACCGGGCUGUGGUAUUGCCAAUAAUUUUUGAAGCAUUGGAGAAGAACAUCCAAAGUCAUUGGAACCAGGCGGUUCACGGGCUGACUGUCAACGUUCGAAAGAUGUUCUUGGAAAUGGACGUCGAGUUGUUUGAAGAAUGCCAGAGGCAGUACACGGAGAGAGAGAUGAAGGCGAAGGACGUGGAGGAGCAGAGAGAGUUAGCUUGGAAGAGGCUGGCAGAUGUUGCAGCACAGAGAGGAGACUACAUGGUAACGGUUUAAAGUGUUCAUUCAGCAUAAAUGACUGAUAUAGAUGGUCCAGAUUUGACCCUCUCCAAAUUUUUUGGUAUUCUUUUUCAUUUUUUUUCUUUCACUCCAUCAUCUUUCUUUCUUUAUCCCUUUUUUUUUUU